GGUGAACCGGAUUUUCGAACCCUCCUGACAAGCUCGGUCUACCUCUGCUGCGAGAUGGAUUCAGGCGUGGAAUUCCUUGAGCUCAUCUUUUCAGAGAGCCCUAGGGGUUUUAGAAACGCAUACGAAUCAUUGGCUGCCAGACCUUACGAGAUCUUUGACCUUCUCUUGAGGGAAGAGCGUUUCAAAAAUUUCUUCUCAAGAAUAGAGAUUUACGGGAAUAAUCUUGCCUCCUUGUUGGGUCAAUUUUCUAGCUUCGAUAAAUAUGAUUACAAUGACUCUUCAUUACGAGAAAUUAUUAGGGUCUUUACUCUCUCACUACUCACUGAACGGUUCGAUGACACGAGAUCUAGGAGUGCAAUUGCGGGAAUUGUCCUCUCCGUGGUAAAGCUAUCGGAUCCAAAGACUUUGGGGGUGUUUGGUGUGAGAUUAGGGGCUCUUCCGGAGAUAUUGCGGAUUUUGAUUGCGGAAGGGCACAUAAAAAGGCUAGCCUCGGGUCACGGACAGUGUUUUGAAGGUCUCAUUUCUGAGCCCCGGGCCAGGGAAAAGUGGGCCCAAUUUAUUAUGGAUCUCUGCAGGGGAUGUGAGGUUCACAGGUCGGGGCCCAGGGGGACCAGCAUCUCGGAGUUGGAGAGGUUUAUUCGCGCUAUUCCUUGCGGAUCCUGUACGGGUACUUCUAGCGUACCUUUGGAUUACGGACUCAACCGGGAUUCUGGGGGGGAACCUGCGCGGUCCCGGGACCACUAUUUCGGAUCAAACUUGCAGUCAAAUGUAUUCAAAUCCCUCUUAGGUGAGGCUCUAGGGCCGUGGAAGAUAAUACUCUCCCAACAGGCCAUGGAGAAUCUGGCAGCGGUGAACGCCCAAGGUGCUCCUUCCAGUAAACCAAAGGCUUUUCAAAAUUGCUGACCUUAGGUAGGUAACCUCGAGACCGUUCGGCGCAAGUUUUCCGAGCUCGCCUCUGGAGACUGGGCUGGAAAAAAGAUACUCCAUAGGGCAAGGUGGGACAACUUACUAAGCUAUCGAAUCCCGUUAUUUAAAGCUUUCUAUAAGACCGGGCAUUUUAUAUUAUGGCAAAUCGACGCCGCUUUUGAUGAGAGGUUUGGCGAAGACUAUCAAGUUAUAAAAGGUGUGGAUACCUGAGAAAUUGGUCUCAUUAAUGGAGAACUAACGACAAGUAACCCCGGUUUAGUAUGGGCUAUUGGAAAACCCCAAAAUGUAUGUAUCGAGUCCUGGAAUGAUGUAGAUAUGGCGAUGUUAACAUGAAACAGCUGGAUAGGAUUGGUGUGCAGGUUCAUCGGGCACAACAGGUCUAUACAAAAGCUCGGGUGGAAGCUUGCAACAGAGACGAUUUGGGUAGGUCACGGGAGAUCAGCUAUCCAGAGAGGGUAUGCUUGGACGGCGAGGAAGGUGGCGUUCUGGUGGUUGAUGACACAAGCAAUGGGGAUUUCGAUGAUUCGGCUCAGUUAGGUAAAGAAGCUGGGGCGGCCUUGAGUUGUUCUCGGGGAUGCUAAAUUCGCGGUUAAUAGCAAAGUUUUAUAGCCUCACUACGACGGUCCUGGAUAACAUUUCUUCUACAACUGGAAAGGUGGCAUACCCGGUAGACGUAUCGGCGGAGGAGGCCGCAGUGGUAGAUCACUUUCUAACCCCAGCAUUCAUUCUCGGGAGAAGCGGGACUGGGAAAACCACUUGCUUAGUUUAUAAACUAGCAGGGAGGUAUAUAAAUAGCACUGAGAAUGGGCUACCGUUGAGACAAGUACGUGACCGUAAGAAGCCUGAGAUUGGGCCACACUCCGAGAGUGUAACGUUGACUGGGCUAACAACCAUAGGUCUUGCUCACGAGAUCAAAGAGAUUGGUGUCGAAGCUACGAGAUAAUACCGACGGAUUGAUUGAAGCAAAAUUGGGCGAAAGGAAAAGAGCUACUGAGGGUAAUUAUGUCAAUAGUGACGAUUUUGAUGACAAUACAAGAAAACAAUUCUCAUCACUCACCGAUGCGGACUUCCCGCUGGUGUGCACUUUUGACUACUUGCUGAGACUUAUUGAGAAUAGCAUUAGGUUUGUUGCUCCACUACUCAAGAUGUUAAUAUAUAGUAGGCGUGCUAAGCCAUCCUUAGAGAACAGGUAAACCGGCGGAGAUACAUCAGGAUAGAUAAUACUAAAUGCGAUCGCGUGAUCGACUUCGUGAGGUUUAGCGUUGAGUAUUGGGAAUAUAUGUCCCCAAGAUUAAAGAAGGGUAUUCCGGCAGAUUUAGCGUUUCUUGAAAUCAUGGGAGUCAUCAAGGGAUCAGCUUCGCCAGCCACAGACUUCGAGCCUCUAUCUCGCGAGGAAUAUUUAGGGAAGCGCUGGAGGCUGGCCCCCAACUUUGCCUCGGAGUGGGAGAGAGGCGCUGUCUAUGACAUAUACGAGUGGUAUGAGCGGACUAAGAAGAAAAAUGGCGAUAUUGAUCAGGCGGAUAGAAUCAUCCGCGUUACAAAGGCUUUGGAGGAAUUCAGGUCUUCGGAGAUAUUUAGCAUACUGGACGAAAUCUAUGUGGAUGGUUAGUAUUUCUGGAUCCUAAAUAAUGGCUUUGUCGGGUAUUGAAAAAAAGCCAGAGGUCCAGGAUCAGCGAACAUCAGAUAUAGGAAUACUCUUGACCUUAGUGGGGUCUCCUCUGGGUAUCCAUUUUGGUAUGGUGCCCACUAUUUUCCGACAUACCCACUUGGAACUCGGUUCUCAUUCGUGAAUAGCGGGCGAUACGGCCCAGUGUAUAUCCAAAGACGCCCUUUUCCGGUUUGCAAAUGCGAAAUCCUUAUUUUAUGAGCGCUUUAGAGAUACCGUUGGUAGGGCUAGCCAGCUAAAGCCGGUAUUGCUUCCUCUAUCGCAUAACUUUAGAUCUCAUAAAGAGAUUUUGAGGGUUGCCUCCUUAGUGAUGCAUCUCUUAUAUAGAGGUGCGUUGCUCCCCGGUUCACACUACUGUCUUUUAUCAUACUUAUGAAGCAACUUAGGCUUUCCGGACUUGGUGGAUAAACUACCUCCUGAGGUUGGAGAUAGUCCCGGUCCUAAGCCUACACUUUACAGUAACCCCCCCCCUUACCAGAGCUGCACUAUAUAGCUAAUUGUGAAGUUGGGGACAAUAUUAUAGAUGUCUUGAGGUUUGAGAAGGAGGUAGAGAAACCCCGGAAAUCGGGUGGCCAGAGUAGUAGGUUCAAUGAAUACGGAGAAGUGCGUGUUGUUCUGGUGAGGGAUGAAGAAACACGCGACAAGCUUGAAGGGGAGCUUGGAAGGUCUUCAUUGGUAUUAACUAUUCUCGAGAGUAAGGGCAUGGAAUUUGAAGAUGUUUUCCUCUAUAAUUUCCUUAGCACAAGCCCUUACAGCCAUAAAUUGGAUAUAUUGGAAGAGCUUUUUAGAUGGAGGCAUGGUACAGGUGAGCUAUACUUGAUCGAAAUAUUAUUUUGGGAGGACGGUUUGUGUCGUGUGCUAACCCCAUCGAUCCCGAAAGAUUUAUCUCCGAAGGACCAUUUAGGAUUUGGAGGAGAAAGCAAGCUUGAGCAGGGAGUGGGGCUAGGAAGUGGAUAUAAUACAUCUGCUCAUCUAGGGGGCCAUGCAGGCUGGGCAAAGGAAAACAUCGUGAGUAACUGGUGACUUGUAUCGUGAAGGAGAUGUUGAUACCGCCGCAGGCCCUCUGCUCAGAAUUGAAGGUAGUUUGAGAAUCGUCCGCUUUUUGUUUUAAGCUCAAAUUAUUUGCUAAUCCCACACGGGCGCAAAGCAUUUAUAUGUCGGAGUGACAAGAGCUCGCAACAGGCUAUGGAUACUGGAGAGUGACUCAUGUAUCUUACGCCCGGUGCGACGAUUGUUCAAUCAAACGGCAACUUUGUUGCUGCCUCGCGAAUACCCGGGCCCCAUAUUAGAGAUUUUAACAGAGCAAGAUAUAGGAGUAUGCCCUGAAAUUCCGCUGGAUUACUCGCCCUGACAUCCCUAGGUUUCGGAGCUUCAUAGGCGGUUGUCUGCAGGGAGGACGAUUAGCGCUUCUAGGUGGAGAGAAAUGGGGUAUCAAAGGAUUGAUGACCGACAAUACUCUAGAGUUCGCUGAGUCAUGUUGGGUUUUCAAGGAACAAGGCUGAUUAUUUAUAUUCUAGGCUCUCCGCUGCUUCGAGGAUGCCAAAGAUCCUCAUGGCAUUGCAUUGGCCAAUGCGUAUAUUACUGAAGAAAUUGGGCUCACCAAAAGAGCUCGUGGGUCGUUUGAAGCAGCUAAUCGUCGUUUCAUGGAGGCAUCAGAUUCUUUCUUACAAGCUGGUAGCAUCGCGAAGGCAGUCCAAUGCCGAAAGGAAGGGGGCGAUCCAAAGGGUGCAGUUAGUGAGUAAAUCUCAACGGAGUUUUUGAAUAUUAAAGUCUUAAAUGAUGCAGGAAUUCUUGCCGAUAAUGGAGCAUACGAAGAUGCUGCCUGGCUCGCAGCAGAUGCUGGCUUGUUUUCAGAAACAAGCGAGAUAUAUACCAAACUUAACAAACAUGAGAGGGCGCUGGCGGGGUAUGCUCGGGGGAAACAAUUCAAAUGGAUGCUUAAUUAUCUCAGAAGGUUGCUGCCGGAUCUCCUUUUCUGUUUAAUCCGAGUUCUUGAGGCUCGGUGGCGCAGUGGGGUUAGCUAACCACCGAUAAUAAUAGGUUUGAAUCAGAAAUUGAGCCUUGCUGUUGGAAACAGUAUGCAUUGUUUGGCUACUUGACAGAAUUUGGAGGGAACGACACCACCCCCGGCGAGCUUGAAAAACGGGCUCUCAAACUUAUUGGAUACCCGGAGGAGCAGGAAGCGGUUUUGACAAAAUUGAAUCUGGUGAACAAGCGUUUUGAAAUGCUCAGCUCUAACAGGAAAUACAUGGAAGCCUACGGGGUUGGGGUCGAUUCUGGGCUUCUGGGGAACUCUGUUCAGCUGCUUAGUGACAAAGCCUUGUGGACAAAGUUAGAUCUGAAACAGGUGGCACAGCUAGACAUGGUGUUUAGAUUUCUCCAAGCGGAGCUUGUAGCAACCAAUCCUUGGCCAAGGGCCAAGAAAGACGGGCGGAUCCACAAAGUACUGCUAUCGGCCGUCAGGAGGGGGAGCCAACAGAUCAAUUCAUUUGUCAAAAUGUGGGAAGAUAUUAAUCGAGCUCUCGAUAACUCUGCUUGGCGUGGGGACACUGUGCAGAUAGGAAGGUUCAAUGAUGUGCAGACUGCUAGCUAUGUGGACAUACUGGUUUGUUCCCGUCAGAAAUUUAUGCGGUGUUCACCUCUAACCCACCCAUAGGUAACGAGGAGUACACGUCCGAACAACGAAUUACGGCUUCCACUUGACAAUAUCGAGCGCGCGCUUGAAGAUUUGAGGGAUAUCUCUUCGGAUGGGGGUAUCCCGUCUUCAGCUCAAAUAUAUUGUGGGGUUUACGAGAUGCCACGUCAGCCUGGCGAAUACAUCGUUCUGGAGUGGUCUCCGCUCUCUGAUAACCCCAAACCACGACCCCCGCUUAGGCCGGUGGAUAUUGAAUCGCUGAGGGACAAGAUAUUGAGGCAUAUUUUAGGGGAUAUCAUUCCUCCUCUUGUUUCACUUGAUGAAGGAUUGCGAGAAGUCUGGAAGAUAAAGGCGAAACCCCAAAUUGUGCCCCCAUUGAGGCUAGGUAGGGGUAGUCCUAGAGAGUCCAUCUUGAUUGAGUAUAUUGCUUUACUUACAUGUAACUUAGCCGAAAUCCACUCUAAAAAAGUAGACGUAGGUUCUCUACAUUGAAAUGCUUCGCCAAAUUACUCAUGUUCAGCGUACCAGUUCCUGGCGCGCCUUUGCCAAAUAUUCUCAGGAUCUUCUGCGCUGGUCAAGCGCAAUAGACGGCCUAAAGAUUCCUUGCCACGGAAUUGUGAGCCCUAUCCUACCCGGAAAUCUUCAUUUCUAAUACAGGACAGGGGAUUGGAGAUUUUGGAGAGGAGCUCUUCUGGAGCAAAUGGAGUUUAUAUCCCCGUACUAUCAGAAACUUGAAGUUCUAUUUAACCUCAAGACCGAUCUCGUGAGUCGGGAGGGGAGGUAUCGCGCAUUAUGCUCACUUUUGCUUGAGGAUGACACAACAGAGUAUCGGAUAGAGUCUGCUGUUCAAAUGAGUGUAGGGGCUUGUGUGUCUUCCCUUUUGGCACAGUACCAAACAUCGAUAUUUCUAGGUAUGGGGAACGGCGCGCAGAGAUUUUCGCGGGGAGAAGGAUUGCCUUCUAACCAGUAACAGGCUAUAAAGAGGAGUGGAAGUUCGUCCUCAAGGCAAUGCGCGCUCGGAUAAUAGAGAGGGGGAACCCGAGCCUUAGAUAUGGCUCGGAAAUGGUAAAUUUAGUUAAUCAGUUCGUGUCGGAGACUGAAGUUGGGGAUUUUCCAGGGAGAUUUGUAUGUUUGGCUCAACUACUCACAUUACACUUGAUUUUGCUAACUUUAAGAUAGUGCGAGAAUAUCUACAAGGUCCUGGGUGCUCUGGGGAGAGGAAAAGACUCGCUAAAUUUUUACUCGGCUUCCAUCAUUUCUCUUUAUGAGGAAUUGGCUUUAUCUUUGGUAGGCGGGUGUUUUAUUGAUAUUCGGGGCUUGAGACUGACAAGUUUAGAUUUUACUGAUACGACCCUAUGAGUUUCUCAUUCCGGAAUCGUGGCAUCGGUUGUACUUGCAUAGAUGGGACAGAAAAUACAGUUCACCUUCGGCUCUAGAGCGUUUCCGGUACCAGCAAUGUCUAGCCAAAGUUUGCUGGACCUUCUGCGAUAUGACUGUAAACAUCGGCCGAAGGCGUAUCAGAGAUAUUUCUUUAGCCCUGCGGAGCGUCACCUUGAUUGUCAUAUGUCUCAUUAACCUGGGAACCUUUUUCCCGCGACCGCGGGAAUAUGCGAUAGCAUGGCGGAAGGCACAAGAGGUUUGCUUUUCCACUUAAUGGGGACUCGGGAGUUGCGGUGCGCUUAUCAUCUACUCAGGUUUUCGACUGUGAGGCAUUGGAUGCUGCCGGUAUCUGGGGGUUACGGGCGAACGAACUCGUAGUGUGUUUGACGGAUGCCUUCAAAGACUAUGGGGGGAACGAUUCGAUCCGCCUUGUGAGGGGCCACGAAGGAAGGGUCGACUGGUUUGCUGGGUCUCCAUUGGGGAGGAGCGGGAUCUUUGUGGUAAAGGGCCGCAUGGUUGAAGAGAAAAAAGGGCAUCAGUGGGCGACUAGUGGCAGCCAGCGUGGAAGGGAGCUCAGCGCUGCGCAUAUUUUGACGGCCUUUUGGAAACGGGAUGCGAGGAGGGUUGUGGAGAAGAUUAGGGAGCGCAAGCGGUACUUGGCUCCGCGGUACAAAUAUUCUAAAAAUUGUUGUUUACUGGUUGAUAUGGGAGUGGGCAAGAAUUGGGUGUAUUGAUGGCAGGCCAUUGUUUUUACAUUUUUUUUUCUUUUUCCCCCCACCUUCAAACUCUUGUUUAGUUAGCGAUUUGGAAAAUGCGCGUUAUGCUUUGAUCUCUUGAGUCACAUAGUUUAGCGUCUUAUUGACUGAUUUUGACAAUGGGAAAAGAAAAAAAGGUGGGGAAAAAAAUACUCGGAGAAUUGGCUUGAAUGGGUUGGUACCACCUUUUCCCCCUCCCAAGAUUUAGGCGGAUGCACUUGCAGUGUACGGUGCUCUACUCGAAGACAAGCACAACUUCCCACGGUAUUUCCUAAUAUUUGGUGUAGCAGAGUACUGUGCCGGCGCAAUCGCACUCACUCGGGAGCCUGUUUGAAAAAAAAGGGACCCGUGAUUUGAUCAAGAAUGCUUCUCCGUCUAAAGUUUUACCAGUAUGUGGGUAGUGCUAGGUGCGGUGGUUUAUGGUAGCGGGCAGAAGGGAGAUUGCAGGAAAUAACAUGACGGGAAGUGGUUAACUUUGGGGAGUAGUUGUGGUGGGUGGUGGGAAACUUCUGCGCAGGAGCUGUCCAGCCGGAGUAUUUACAGUAUAUAAAUUGGACCGGAGAUAAUUCGAGUCGGGACGGAAAGCUCUGUUGUGACUGUGGCUGUGGUGGUUGGUGUUGGCAUGAGUGUUGGCACGGGAAUGAUUGAGAGCAUAGGAAUAUUGAGAAAGUCGGAGGUGCAUGGAUGGCAGGAAUUGGAGGAAUGAGAAUCGGGGUGAAAUGUUGGACUCCCGGGAUGGCGGAAGCUGCGCUGGGCUAGGAAGUUUGUAUAAUAUAUUGAUCACUAUUGCUGGUGCUCCGUUAA